CAUAAUUGCGUUUCUCUCGAGACGCGUCUAGUGUUGGACUCUGUUCUAGAACAUGCCGAAAUGGACAUCCGUGGAAUAAAGUUUAAAGUAGAUUAUACUCCUCCCACCACCAACACCUACUACAAAGAUGACAAUCGGUAGCUACAAAAUACAUGCUCGUGAUGCUAAACCUGUUCCGGCAGAAUUAUCAGUAGAAAAUUUCCCAUAUGAAACAUUAAUGGGAGAUUGGAUGAUCGUUGGAUCUUCAUUACCAUUAUGGAAAGCAAGGAGUGAUGUUUUAUGUCGUUAUACGCCUCAUGAUAUACCUUCUUCAAACACUCAAGCUCGUUUUCGUUCAGCUUCAGGAGGAGAAGGUCAAGUUGAACAAAAAGCAAAACAAGCAGCUCAACGUUCAGUUGCCGCAAAUGUUUCAUUUUCCGAUGAAAUUUGGUGGGAACAAUUGGAUAAAAAGACCGAAAAACAUCUUCCCGGAAAAGGUGCUCCCAGAGAAAAAAGAAGUAUCGUUCGUGGUCGUAACAAGAUCGAUCCAAAGGGUGUCAACGGCGCAACAUACCUCUGGCGUGGAUAUAACUUCUUGAAGCCAUUCACGUCUCAUUGGCAAAUCGUUGCUCAUAAUGACCGUUUCACUCAAUCAGUAAGCCAGGCAUCUACUAUCAACGAGAAUGACGACCAAGAUGGUACCCCUGCUCAAUCAAAUGGCACGGAUUCCGAACCAAUCUGGCUUGUGACGUAUUUCACUGCUACCAUGUUCACUGAAGCAGGAAUUGACUUGUACGUCAGAGGCACACUCACCGAUGAAGCAUACAACGAGAUCGUAGAAGCAUUAAAGAACUUCCAAGGAGAUACACCAGCGGCCAAAGAGCUUCGUGAUUUGGCAUCAAAGAUGUUCAAAGUGCCAGUAGGAAACAUUUAAUGCUCUUCUUGCUUUUCAACAUAUACCCUAUCAAUUCCUCGGAUUCAA